UGUCCCUUAUAUAAAAUGGAAAAUCCAGAUCAAGAUGGCGACGUAUCAGGAACGAUAUCACUUGUUAUGACCCAAUGUUGCAAACGAAUAAAGGACACUGUUCAAAAAUUGGCAUCAGAUCAUAAGGAUAUCCACAGUAGUGUUUCUCGCGUUGGGAAAGCUAUCGACAAGAAUUUUGACUCUGACAUCAGCAGUGUGGGAAUUGAUGGAUGUUGGCAGGCUGAUAGCCAGCGAAUUUUGAAUGAGGUGAUGGUAGAACACUUUUUUCGGCAAGGAAUGCUAGAUGUAGCCGAAGAGCUUUGUCAGGAGUCUGGGCUUUCAAUAGACCAAAGUCAAAAGCAACCAUUUGUGGAGCUGAACCGAAUACUGGAAGCACUUAAAGUUAGAGUUUUGAGACCUGCAUUAGAGUGGGCUGUAUCGAACAGAGACAUGCUUAUGGCACAGAAUAGCUCCUUAGAGUUUAAACUACACAGAUUGUAUUUUAUUAGUUUAUUAAUGGGUGGAACUUCAAACCAGAGAGAAGCUUUGCAAUAUGCUAAAAACUUUCAACCUUUUGCUCUUAACCAUCAGAAAGAUAUUCAAGUUUUAAUGGGAAGCCUAGUGUACCUUAGGCAAGGAAUAGAAAAUUCUCCAUAUGUCCAUUUAUUGGAUGCAAACCAGUGGGCAGACAUCUGUGACAUCUUUACAAGAGAUGCUUGUGCUCUUCUGGGACUUUCAGUUGAAUCACCUCUUAGUGUUAGCUUUUCAGCAGGUUGUGUAGCAUUGCCUGCUCUAAUUAAUAUAAAAGCUGUGAUUGAACAGAGACAGUGCACUGGUGUUUGGAAUCAGAAAGAUGAAUUACCGAUUGAAGUGGACCUUGGGAAAAAGUGCUGGUAUCAUUCAAUAUUUGCCUGUCCCAUCCUUCGUCAGCAAACGACAGAUAAUAACCCACCUAUGAAGUUGGUCUGUGGCCAUAUUAUAUCAAGAGAUGCUCUAAAUAAAAUGUUUAAUGGCAGCAAAUUAAAAUGUCCUUAUUGUCCUAUGGAACAGAGUCCUGGAGACGCCAAACAGAUAUUCUUCUGAGGACACAGUUCACUGUGUAGUUUAUGCGUGUGUUUUGGGAGACUGAAACAAGCAAAUGUUCCAUUUUCUGCUGUACAGACCAAGGAGGACUUCUGUGUUUUGUAUAAGCCUAAUGCUCCAGAAAUUUUUGCCAACAUUUAGUGCAGACAUACAGAUUGGAAAAGCUGCCGAAGUAAUAUCUGUUAUAGGGCUUUUACUCUACCUUUGGUCUCCAUAACUGAUCAAGAUACUACACCAGCAGUUGUCAUUCAAUGCAGGUUUUUGUACUUAAUUGUGUGGUGACUUCAUUUUUUAAAGACAAACAGAAACCAAUCAGCAUAUAGGUCUAAUGUUUGUCCUGCUUUUAUCACCCUGAUUGAUAAAUGUCACCAUAAAGAAUGUGUGGGGAGAGUUUUUAUUUCCUUAGCAUGUAAAUAAUUAAGAGAGGACUUCAGGAAGAAAAGUUUGAUAAAUUGAAUAGUGGUUAUAGACAUACCUGUUUUUCUGUUGCUAUUGUUUUUCUCAACCCAAAGCUGUGAUAUUCUAAGGUUUCCCCCCCCCCCCCCUGCUGAACAUUUCCCCCAGCUUUUAAACAAAAUUCCAAUUGAAUGUGCUUAUCUAUAAACUACAUACAUAUAUAACAGAGUUCAAAACCAUUUUUGAUUUAGAAAGACAGCUAUUUUAUGAGGACUCCCAGAACUGGGAAUCCUGUUCAGUUGAUUUCAUGAAUGAGAGCUCUUUGUGUAGCUGAGAGUAUUCAAUAAAGUGGAGCUCGGUACUGGAAAGAAAUUUUGUCAAUGCAUAAUUGCUCUCCAGCUUUUUUAGUCAUGAUCAAAACUUUGUACUCAAGAUCAGUGUCAUGUACAGUUUGCUAGACAUGAUAGUUACAUUAUUUAUAAAGUUAUCAGAACCAAAUAAAAUGUUGAUAAUGUCCGUUGUUGAAAUGGGGGGAAAGAACAUGUUCCAGUUAUCUCAGUAAUCCAGUAGUCUUUUUAUCACAAGACUGAACUGACAUCAUUUUACCGCUAAUAUGUGUUCUGCAACUGAGAGCAUUGUGCUUGUGAUUCUGUCCUUAUUAGCACUGCAAAAGCUAAUAUCAUCUUAAAUUUACUGUUCUUGGUGACAAAGUGCAUGUCUGGACUAGAGACCUUUCCAGAUAACUUGAAAAUCACAGCCUAGGAGGGGAGGCAUUAGGGCAUCCUCCAUAUUCUAGCCAACUUAACAAUGCCCUGAGUUUUCUGGUGAAAGCUAUGUAUGACAGACAUAUUGAUUUGUAUAUCUGCUAUAGAUAAUAUCCACAGCGACUAUAUGCUUCUGGGGUUGAGGCACAUUAUUGCAGAUUUCUUGUGCUGUCCAGUAAUAGGACACAUUAACAUGUGAAAUAAUCAAUUAUUUGAUUCUGUGACUAAAAAAAGAACAACUCUUCAUAUGGUUGUAUACUAAAUCAAAUGCACCAGUGUAAUGCAUUACACAGAAAAAUGUUGAUAAUGGGUAUUUUUGGUUUUGCUCCUGGUUUCUGCUAAAUGGUCAGGACCAUUAAUAAUAUACUGCAGCAAACCCAUUCUAUUCAAACAGAAAAACAGAUGAUUUUUGUCAGAGGACGCCUGCACUGUUGUUUUACAAAGAGAUAUCUGUACCGCAUAUUAAAAGAAAUCCCAGAAGAGUAAUGGUACACGAUUUAACAUACUUUUCUAGUUUUGGUGAAGCUGCAUUUAACAAGGAAAGGAACUGCAUAUUUGUGAACUUGAGUGAACCAAAGGUGUAUUUGUCUUUAAAUGGUAAAAGAAAACUUUCACCCAACCAGCCUUGUAACUUGCAGUUCUGCCCAUGAGCAUUCUAAUGCAAGAAUAUCUACACACUUGUACGUAGUUGCAUGUGUGUGUCCCUAGGAAUUGGGUGAACUUGAAUGCUUGGGCUGAUAGCCAGUAAGUCUGUUACCAUCCUAUUAGCUCAAGAGCCCCUGCUGGUUUGCCUGCAUUUACUUAGGAAUAUAAGGACUGACAUCUUCAUACCAAAAUAUAAGGACUGACAUGGCGUUUUAGAGUACUUGAAGUGACUGAUAUAGUUUGCUCGCCCUUGUACUUGUAAUCAAUAUACCUAUUGUUAAUCCAGUUCUAGCGGGGAUGUUGAUGUUUAACUGCACUAUCUCAAAAUCUGUAUGAUGGUAUAGUGUGAAGGAUGUGAGUUACUAUUCCAUGUAAUUUUGGGAAUGUACUUGUAUACUUUAAAGAAUACCUAGGUAUUUAAUGAAUGAUGUGUUUUUGGUAUCACAUACAACACAUAUAGAGUUCUCUGCACAUGGGUUUAACCCUGCUUAUUGAGUCCAUUGAUUCUCAAUGAGAUGAAGGAUUUCUGGGCCUUUUCAUUCUUUCAGGACUACCAACUGCCUUCACUUUUGGCUUUCUUGAAAAUAGGGCAGUAUACAGUGGGCCCUUGGUAUCUGCUAAGGUUUGGUUCCAGGUCCCUGCAUGGAUGCCAAAAUCAGUGGAUGCUCAAGUCCUUAAAUACAAUGAUAUAGAAAUGGUGCCCCUUAUAUUAAAAGGCAAAUUCAAGGUUUGCUUUUUGAAAUUUAUAUAUAUUUUCUAGUAUUUUCAAACCGUGGAUGGUUGAAUCCAUGGAUAAGGAAUCUGUGGAUGUGGAGGGCUGACUGUGAUUAUAUUUAAUAACUAUGAAAUAGCAGAACCCUCCUUUCACAAUGACAAGCCCACUUGGUUUGUGCUAACUGUAAUUUCAGUUCAUCAGAGUAUGUUUAAAUUAUUUUACUCUUGCUAAUCUUUUAAGCCAUUUUAUAUCUGUAUUUGAAAAUUAUAUUUAUUGUUCUAGUUGCUGUCUAAAUAUACAUUUAUUUGUUUAGGGAUUUCCCCUCAUAUUCCCAAGAGUAAGAGCCAUUCCCAAGAAUGAGAGCCAGUGUGGUGGAGUGGUUUGAGUGCUAAAUUAGAUCGCUGGGAGACCAGCAUUCAGAUCCCUGCUCAGCUAUGGAAAAUGUGACCUUGGGCAAGUCACACUCUCUCAUCCUCAGAGGAAGGCAAUGAAAAACCCUCUCUGAAGAAAUCUUGCCAAGAAAAUCCUAUUAUAGGAUUGCCAUGAAUUAGAGUCUACUAUAAGGCACACAACAACAUUAUAUGUGAUUCCUAUUAAGCAAACCUCCCCAUUGCUUUGAGAGUGAGCAAAGUCCAUCAUUGCUUUGGGAAAUAUAUUGAUUUGUGCUGACAGUGAAAGGUGAAGUUGACAAUGUAGAAAUGGAUGAUCUGGCAUUUACAACAAUAUGAUGCAUAUGAACAUGUUCAGUGCAUGUAAUAUGUUCAUGUGAACUGUGGUGUGCUUUUACUAGCCACUAUAGAGAAUUCUUUUCAGUGUUCAGCAUGGAAACUUCAUUUUGACAGCUCUCUGCUUAUGAACAAUUGUGAUGCAUUCCUGAAUAAAUGUAUGGGAAUGAUACAAAAGGUAGAACUUUAUUAGACCUACAGUCCAUAAUAUGCUGUAUUAUGUUCCGCUGUCACUGUAAUGAGUAAAAAUGUUUGGUAAAGUUG